UGAUCACUCCAUUAUUUUGUUUCUUAAGCGUUGGCACCUGUGUGCACUUAUUUUGGUGAACAUAUAUCCAGUUUUUGGGGCGCUUUAUGCGUUUUUUUAGUUAUCUCAGUGUAUAUUUAUAAAAAAUUUAUUUAUGAGCGCAUCAACUCGAGCAACAACUCAAACAGAUAAAAACAUUUGUUAAUGUGCUGCCCCCUGAAGGCAUAAAUUCAUCAAUAUGUUAUAUCAUUUGGUUGUAAUUCUAUUCAUCAACUAUGCGUCCUGUACUGAUAUUCCGAAAUUAACACAAACAGUUUACGGAUUUUUGGAUUUCACAACCACUAUUGGGAAUACAGUUAUGGUUUUCUCUCCACAAAGCUCCCCUCAAUUUGAUCCAAUAAUCAAACCAACAAUCGAUCAAUUAAAUAUUAUUGACUCCAAACCGCAUUUUCAAGAAGCUGAAGAAAGUAAAAUUGGAAUAAAGCCGACACCACUUAAAGUCCUAAAUUCUAAUGGACAAUCAACAACUAAUUUUACAUUAGAGACAAACAAUCGUUUCAGUUUAUUGAGUACACCUAUAAAAUCUUUGGAUUUCCCAGAAUACGCUUUACUUUCUCGGCAGCCAGACGAGUUCAUAGAAGAAACAUACCGUUUGGUUAACCUAAAUACUCGUGCUGAGGCCGAGAGACUUAGGACCGAUCAGUCAAAGCGAAAUAAUAAUUAUAACAGUUCUGCAGGAUUGCUCGCAAGGAAAAAGGAAAUAUCAACCAGAAAUGUCAAAUCUUCAUUAAAUGAAAAUGGCUUGAGCACGAAAAUUUCUAGCAAAUCUACUCAAGGACAUCAAAUAAUUACUAAUAUUGAAAGGAGGAGCAAAACUCGUCAACCAUCUUCAGCCCGAGUUUUAAAAACUGUUGCCCCAUCAUUGCAAAAUAAUAAAACUCCUAUAGAGUCAAGUGGAUAUACAAAAAGUCAUCGUAAAAAUAGUCGGGUUCCUAGCGAAAAAAGAAAAUUGUCUCGGCAUAAAGGAAAGAGGAGGAAUAAAACUAUUCAAGUAUCAGGCUCGCAAAUAGCACCGUCGUUAACGGACACAAGUGCUCGUCGCUCGUAUAGAACAAAAUCUAACCUUGCGACGGACGAAAAUAUUACAGUGUUAAGUCAAAACACUUUAAUGCUAAAUAGGCGCCCUGGUCGUUGGCAAUAUAAAUCAUCACCGAAACCAAAAGUUAAUAUAAGAAAAUCUUCCACAAAUAAUGCGAAAUAUGAAGUACAAAUGGAUACACUCAAAGUUAAUAAUACUAUUUUAGAAACAAACGAAGACAAUCAAAAAAUACCUAAGGCUUUUACCCUAGCCAAGGACUUAGAUGCUGUUGGUUCACAAAACACUAUUGUUUCAGACAAUGAUAUAAUAAAGCCUAGCAACUUCAUUGAAACUUUAAAUGUCGAAAUAUCAACCCCAAGUAACUUUGAUGAUACUUACUAUGAAAUUGCAACAAUAAAAAGCCCAUAUAUUUUUCAGGCGGGACUUGUAAAAAAAACGCGUUUUUUAACAGUUACUUCAACUGUGGAAAAAUCACUUAAAAAUGAUAGAAUUGAUGAAUAUUCGGAAAAUGAUGGACCUUUAACUGAAAACAUUUUGGAAUCUACUACGCAGAUGAUUAAGCCAUCGUUUAAUGGAAUUUUAACUACUUUGAAACCCAUUCAUUACACAGAUAGCGUUGAGACUCCAGAACUUGAAAUAGUUACAGAAUCAUUUUCAUUUACGCAAGCCAAACUUAAAACUGAGAUCUUGCCAAUCGUUUUUGAUAAACAAAAUGAAACUACACAAAUAACUUUAAUACAAACUUAUGAUUAUACAAGCUUUGUAACUGUUACUCAGACAGUCUCGCCCUUCAGAGAAAAUUUUAUACCAUCUAAAAAUUUUAAGGAUUUUGAAGGCAUUUUGGAUGAGGCUGGUUCUGAAAUAAACCUGGAUCUUGAAUUUGGCGAUGAAAGCAAUUCCGGGCAAUUUGAGGUUAAAUCGAAUUCUAAUAAAAUGAUCGAAAUAAAAGGCAUAAAUUCUACAAGCCCAAUUAGCCCCUUUCAGUUGAAGGACUCAGAGCAUUUUAUCAAAUCCGAAAUACCUGCAAUAUCAAGUCCAUUUAAUAGCAUAAUAACUACCACACGUCCGAUAAUUAAGGUUGAUACGGUUUGGGAAUCAUAUGUGGUACCUCUUAUUAGGGGAACCGAAAGCAUUUUGAGAACUUUAUCAAAGUCAGUUGGUGUAGUUGAAAAAACUGAAUAUGUAACUGAUGUUUCUACAAUUUUAUUACCAAUGUCACAAUAUCCAUAUUCAAUUAAUCCAUUUUAUAAUCCCUUGUUAGCCAUACCUCAGCAGCAAUUAAUUACAUCUACUUCAAUUUAUGAAACAUUGAUUACAGCAACGAGUAGUAAAGUCCUUAAGUUAACAUUCGGUGCAAGGACGGCCUAUACAACAUUGUUUUCAACUUCAAUUGUUCCAACUGCAGUCUCCAAAUUAGUAACAGCUACUCUCCCAAAUCAAAACUCAGGAUCCUUUCAAAAUUAUUAUUCACCCCCAUUUCCCCCAUUCGCGUACGUUGGUUAAUGAAUAGAUAUAUUCCUUUCCAAUUAAUCACAUUCACUUAACUAUUAUAAAUAAACUGAAAUUAUGACGAGUCCUUGCACUAAUAACGUUUAGAUUCUUGUCCUUUGGCCAAAUUAAGUGGCGCUCAUAAAAGUUUGUGUUUCUUAAUGCUGAAAAUCGGAUUACCGCAGGAUGAACCUAGGCUCAACCUGCAGAUUCAUUUUAAAAUUAAUUAUUAUAUAAAAUCAAUUAAUCGUUGAUAUUCAAAAAUUUGGUGUGUGACCUAAAUAUAUUUUGAUAGUCAAGAUAAAAUAAAGAAUAAGUUUCAUAUAUGAUUCACAUCCAAGGAAAACUUAUUUCAUCUUAAAGUUUUGAGUUCUGAGUAGACUUUAUUGCAAACCACUUUGUAAACAUUUUUUAGCACAAAAAUAUAGCUGAUAUCGAAUUAAAAACAAUAAUUUACUACAUCCACUUUUAUUUUUAGAUAUUUUAGACAAACUUUGAAUCCGCAGGGAAAGCGAAAAUAAGUAAAAUCAACAUUGUUGUAAUCAAAUUUUAGUGUAUCUUAAGUAUUCUAAAGCUCUCACGCAAGGAAAACGGAAAAUUUUAAAGGACUUUCUGAACAUAUUGUAAAUCUUAUUAUCAUUAUUUUGUAAAAAACAGAGCAAUCAUCGAAAAUCAAACAUUUUAAUCUAUUUAAGAACUUCCAAGUUUUUUUAGCCAAUACAUUUGUGGAAAAGAAUAAAUUGAACAAGUAAGAGGUUCUAUUCGGGAGCUCCCGGCUAGGGGAUACCCUG